AUGGAGCCUCAGAUGGCUGUGUCACUGGCUUCAGCUGUCAUACAACUUGUCGACUUUUCGAGGAAAGUGGUCCAAAAAGACAAGGUGGGCAAAGUAUACAAAUCCACCGGCACCACCCUAGGAGAGGCUACACUGCUCGAUGACGCCAUCGCUAAUCUCGGCGACUUAUCACAACAACUUGAGAAGGCACGACGCGUAUACUGCAAGUCACACAUAUCCCCUGAUCAGGAAAUUGCAGAUGCGCAACUGAUAGCAUUGGUGAAGGAUGCUGGGGGAGUGGCGAAGAUCUUACAGGCCACACUGGAUCAAGCGAAGCGCGACAAUGACGUGGAUCAGCAGAAAGUACUUGCACAAGAACUACGCAGCGUUCUGAGCUUGUACUACAGUCAGAAGACGAUAUGUGAUCUUGCGGAUAAACUUGGCUCUAUUCGCAAGCAAGUAGAUGUCGCUCUGCUUGCCUCGCUCCGACAGCAUGCGGCUCAACAGCAUUCAGUCCAUUCGGAGAAAAGACGGCUUCCGGUGGACGGCAGUACAGGACCUGAUAUACUCCUGCUCCAGUCCAUCGCGCAUCACGAUUGGAAGACUACGGAGACGGUUGGUAUCUCGGCGUUUUCAGAUACAUUCGACACUUCCGUCGUAAGCAAUGAUAUCGAACGCCAUUUCGCCAGCUUGAUGUUGGCGCGCUUGCAUUUCUCUGGCAUGCACGAUCGGUACAAGGCGAUUCCUAUUGCGCACCCAGGAACCUCGCAAUGGAUAUUCGAUGCAAGUCUCGAACACCUCAACACUGAUGACUUCGACUCCUUCCCUCGCUGGCUCACAGCAACAGGAUGUAGCAAUACAUAUUGGAUCAGUGGCAAGCCAGGUACCGGGAAGAGCGACACGGAGACGGUGAUCCAGGUCUUUCAUCAUCGCUGGCAACAAUUCCUUGCUUCUGGUGGAGGUAGACGACCUUUCACAUGGCUUGAGCUGCGUCAGGCCUUCAUAACAAUGAUCUCCGCGCCUAUCACACCAAGAUCAUUCUUCAUCGCGAUCGAUGGCCUGGACGAGUUUGAUGGCAACCUGAGAGAUGUUCUUCAAUUGAUCAAGGACUUGGCUAAAUAUCCAUAUGUCAAAGUUUGCGUUGCCAGUCGGUCUUCAUCAGAGCUUCUGCGCGCAUCUGCAGGCCAGCCUAAUCUACGCCUUGAACGUUUGAACCGCCAGGAUAUCUGCAAUCACGUCACGGCCUCACUGGCAAAAUCGCAAGUAUACGUUAAUGUCAGCAAAACGGAUCCCAGUCGCGCUACGAAUCUGGUCAAAGGUAUAGCCAAGAAGGCAGCCGGUGUCUUUCUCUGGGCACACAUCGUGGUGCAAUUAUUACUUGAUGAUCUGUCACCUACAGCCCGCAUGAUCAGUCUUGUUGCUUGGCUCGAGACGAUACCAUCUGGACUAGAACAACUAUUCACCAAACUUCUCGGACGUCUGAACACGGGACAUCUGAAGCACGCGUCGGAAGUCCUCCGUCUGAUGACGAUAAAGCCACGGCCCCUUCUGCUCGAGCUAUGGUUUGCAGACGGCAACAACGAGGACGCGGCAUUGAGGGAUGAAGCCCGACCGCUGUCAGACAAUGAGAUAUCCGAGCCCAGUAUGGAAGUGCAAGGUCUGGAUUGUCAAAGGCGUCUCGUGUUACCUGGACACACCGCAUUGCGAAAAACUUUGUUCGAUCCCAACGAAUAUGGAACAUCAUACUCGAUAACACCGGGCAUGAUGCUUUCGAUCCUGAAUGGCACUGGGCCAACGGUCAACUAG